AAAUUCUCAGUAAUUUAGACAUGUAAAUUGAAAUAAUAAUAAAAAUAUUUUAUUUCCGCUUGGAAAGAAUCGAAACAUCAGUAAUGCUGUAUGUACCUGUAAAGCAGGUCUGGGAGGUCAAUGCAAACACAUCACUGCGUUGAUUCAUUAUGUCAAUUCUCCAGAAAGCUCAUCUUCAAAAACAAGUCACUUACAAGAAUGAGGUAAGCCAACCCAACGACAACUCUUGGAAUACUAUAAAGGUCAAAGAAUGUCGAAGCAUUAAAAUUGGAACCUGUCAAGAUUACGACUGCUAACUUACCGGACUCAUUCGCCAACACACCUCUUGGAAAAAUGUUAAAACUAGAGGAAAAGGAAAAUGUUGUUGUUACACCAGCUGAAGCACUCUUGAAAACGAUCCAAAUGAAGAUGAAACAAACGCUUACGGAAAAAGCGGAGAAAGUUGUGAGUGAUAUAUUUUUGCUACAAUCUGUGAAUAAAAAAUACAGUGUAGAAGUAGUCAUAACCAAAGAUUUAUAUACGUUUUACAAACAGAAUGUUUGUUGUGAUUUUAAAACUGCUUUAAAUUUGAGUGUUUCAACCAUUAAACAGUCAAACAGUAGCAAGUGGUUUAAACAACGUACUCUACGGAUAACUGCCAGCAAUGCGUACAAACUGAAAGGUCAUCGUUUCAACGUAGAAAAAGUAAUGACAGAUUUAUUAAAUCCAAAGAUUACUCAAAAUGCUGCGAUGAUAUAUGGGAAAAAAAAUGAAGAUGUAGCUUUGAAAGAGUAUAGACAAUUACUUGAUCCAAAGUGGGAGGUUGUCAAAGUCGGAGUGAUAAUAAAUCUGCAACAACCAUGGUUGAGUUGUUCUCCAGAUGCUAUUUUAGUAUAUGGAAAAGAAGCUUGGCAGAAACAACUGGUUGAAAUAAAAUGUCCAUACACCUGCCGGAAAAUACCUGUUUGGGACAACGAACUUGGAAAGUCGAACGUUCCAUACUUGAAAACAGAUGAAAAUGGGUUAUAUUUAAAUCCAAGUCAUUCAAUUUAUAUUCAAGUUCAGCUCCAAAUAUAUGUGACCAACAUAAGUUAUUGUGAUUUAUAUAUUUAUUCACCACAAGGUAGUGUGCUGCUGAAAAUCUAACGAGACAACGAGCUAUUGGCAAACUUAAUUCCUAAACUGGAACAAUUUUAUUUUAGCUAAUAUAUCCAAAGAUUACAUGCUAAAUUCUGUACUAAAUCUAAGUAAAAUUACUGUUAUUAGCAAAAUCAACAAGUUCUUGUUUAAAAUUUUAUUAUGUACUGAUCAGAGAGAUAACAAUUUGCCAUCGACGUCAAGUUACAUAACUGUGAUGGUUUUAAAAUCUAGAUAGAAUUUAAG